GCCGCAGCUUCUUAGCCGAUGGGGUGCGGCCAUGGACGGCGAGCCUCCACCCGUGGAGGAACGGCGGCGGCUGCAGGAGGAACUGUCCGAGUUCGUGGAGAGCUGCUGUCGGAGGCUGGAGGAGGUGACGACGUCCCUGGGCUGGAGCCUGGAUCGGCUGGACCCCGGGAAGGAGGAAGCGGCAGAGGAUGAAGUUGUGAUAUGCCCUUAUGAUUCCAACCAUCACAUGCCUAAGUCAUCUUUAGCAAAGCACAUGGUAUCGUGUAGGUUGAGGAAACUGGGCUACACGAGAGAAGAAGAGGAUGAAAUGUAUAAUUCUGAAUUUUUCUAUGAGAAUGUAAAGAUACCUUCAAUCACUUUGAAUAAGGACUCACAAUUCCAGAUAAUUAAACAAGCUAGAACCACAGUUGGAAAAGAUGGUGAUUCUUAUAAUCAAAGGAUUUAUUCUACAUUACCUGUUGAAGUUCCUCUGAAUCACAAACGGUUUGUUUGUGAUCUGACCCAAGCUGAUCGUCUUGCCCUCUAUGAUUUUGUAAUUGAGGAGACAAAGAAACAGCGCUCUGAUUCUCAAAUUAUCGAAAAUGACAGUGAUCUCUUUGUAGACUUGGCUGCAAAAGUCAAUCAAGAUAAUAGUCGAAAAAGUCCAAAAUCUUAUCUUGAAAUCCUGGCAGAAGUGAGGGAUUAUAAAAGAAGACGCCAGUCCUAUAGAGCCAAGAAUGUUCACAUAACCAAGAAGUCAUAUACUGAGGUGAUUCGGGAUGUGAUAAAUGUGCACAUGGAAGAACUCAGUAACCAUUGGCAGGAAGAGCAGGAAAGAGCAGAGGAUGAUGCUGAAAAGAAUGAAGAAAGGCGAUCAGCUUCAGUAGACUCACGACAAUCUGGUGGAAGCUAUUUGGAUGCUGAGUGUUCACGACACAGAAGGGAUCGGAGUAGGAGCCCACAUAAACGAAGAAGAAAUAAAGAUAAAGAUAAAAACUGGGACUCAAGAAGAAGAAAAGAGAGGGAUGGGGAAAGACAUCAUAGUCAUAAAAGAAGAAAGCAAAAAGUAUAAAUGAAAUAUUUGUGCAGGUAUUAAUUAUGCUGAUAUCAUGAUAACCAGGAUACUGAUAUUUUCAUUGUAAUUGCUUUGAGUAGGAGAAUGUAUUUAUAUGAACUGUUUAGUGCUCAGAUCAUUAUUUUUAGUAAAUGCUUAUGUCUCAAACCAUGAGUACUAUUAUAUCCCAUAACUUUGUUUUCCUUAUAUUUUAAUAGAUGAUUGUUUCCUAUUACUCAUGGGUUUUUUUUUUUUUAAUUUCUUGAUAAUUAUGUAGCAAAAAAUCCUUUCGUUAAAGUCAGUACUUGAAUUAUAUAAAUAAUACAUGACUACAUCCUCAUUGUAAAAAAUCCAACCUUCCAGCCCUGGCUGGCAUGGCUCAGUUGGUUGGGAAUCAUCCUGCAAAGCAAAGUGUCACCAGUUUGAUUCCCAGUCAGGGCACGUGCCUGGGUUGCGGGCCAGUCCCUUGUUGGGGCUCGUGUAAAGGACAACCAAUCAAUGUUUCUCUCCCUCUUUUUCUCCCUCCCUUACCCUCUCUCUAAAAAUGAAUAAAUAAAAUCUUCCAAAAAAAUUAAGCCUUACAGUGAAGGCUAAACUUCCCUUGGAACACCAUAUGCAAUCUCUAGGGAUACCCCAGUGGUAACUACUAUUUAUCACUACACACGUGACUUGCAACAGGGAAAAACAACCUAAAUAUUUGGCAGGAGAGGGAAAGGUCUGGCUAAAUAAAAUAUAGUCCUAUAAUAGAUUACUGUAUUGGAUUUAAAAGAAAUAAACUUUAUAUUAACAUGGAUAGAUCUCAGAAACAUAAUGUUAAGUGAAAAUAGCAAGUUGCAGAAAGAUAUGUACAAGUUAUAUCUUUGUACAACACAAUACUGUAUGUUUUCAGUGGCUAUGUGUAUAUGUAAAUAUAUUUUUAAAGGUUCAGAAGAACCCAUACCAAAUGCACAACAGUGAUUUUGGGGGGAGAUAGUAUAAUUGGGAUAGAUAAGGGGUGGCAGUGAGGAUUGGGGGGGUGGUCAAAGGAAACUAGUUUUAUCCAUAAUACAUUAAUUUUUUUAAAAUAAUAUGUUCAUGUUUUACUUGUUAAUUAAAAAUUGUCAUUUUCUUUUUUAAAAUGAAUUUAAAAUACUGUGAUUUUGUUUUUGUAAACUAAGUGUAUUGAGGUACUGUUUCUAUAAACUAAAACGCAUCCAUUUUAAGUGUACAUGUCAUUGAGCUUUGAUCGUCUUGUAUUCCCUAUAUGACUAUCCCCUCAGUCAAUAUAGAGGACAUUUCUAUCACCCCAAAAAGUUCCCUUAAACCCCUUUCUACACUCUUUUCCUCUACCCCUAGCUGCAGGCAACCACAGAGCUGCUUUUUGUUAUUGUUGCUUAGAUAUAUCUUUUCUAGAAUUUAUAUAAAUGGAAUACUGCAAUAUCUACUCUGCCUUCCUCCAUUCCACAUAUUUUUGAGACUGAUGCAUGUUGUUGUGUCACUAGUCAGUCCCUUUUUGUUGCUAGCAGUAUAUUCUGUCAUAUGGUAGACCAUCCAGUGAAACUUUAGCUUUAAAUGUUAAGCAUCUCAUACCUGAAUAGCAAUAUCAUGAAUAUUGGUAACCUAGCUUAACGAUCCCAAACUAGGUUUCAGAUAGAAAUGAAACCUUAAUUAUUUCAAUAUGUAACUGACAAAGAUAGAAAGGUUGACUUGAUUUAGAUCAGGUUGGCUGGUAGGCUUCAGGUAUAGAAAAUAGCUCUCAGAUUUAUGAGUUGGAAAGAGGUCACUGCACUGGCCAAUGUGAAGUUGUACUGCUGCUAUUGUACUUAAUUUCUAAAUAUCUAAAAUUCAGAUUUAAAAAUCUUAACAACAAGGACUUUGGAGUUACCGCAAUGUUGAGGUAUAUGAAGUGGCAGCUUUUGUAGAUCAAAAUGAUUUGAAUGAUCAACAGUUUGCUGUAGUGUAACUUAACUUACAAUUUUGGUUUUUAUCAUGAUUUUAAUGAUUUCACUAACUGGAAGAAACUAAAGAGUAAAAAUAAAAGACACAUUUGGGUUCUUAGUAGAAGAAAAGUCAGUGGAAAGGGGGAGUAGAAUGGUAGGAUUGGGGAAAAAUAGCAUAGUAUGGAAAAAGGAGAUGAUCUAAAAUGUAAGCAGAGUUCUUUAAAGUCCAAAAUUUUAAGUAUUGUAACUACUGCAAACUAACCAAUAGAAUGUAGAAUUAGGUAAGAGGUAUUUGUUGGAACCUUGAACAUAUUAAUUUUCCAUGCUUAGCUAUUUAUGUUUCAGACUUCUUCAUCAAUAUAACCCACAUGUCUAGCAUAUAAUAGUUGUUAACUUGUUAUUUUAAAUUUUGACAAGAGCUUUUGCAGACCCUUGUCGCAUAAUAUCUAAGUAUUUAUAAAAUGCUGAUACUAGUAAUUACUGUACAACUGCUGUCCAUCUUACCCAUCCACUAAAUCCGAGCUCAGAUGAUAUCUUCUGACCUACAUUUCUGAUCUACUGACUGUACAUUUUAAAAAUUUUAUUUAUUUAUUUACUUCUAGAGAGAGGGGGAGGGAGGGAGAAAGAGAGGGAGAGAAACAUCAAUGUGGGGUUGCCUCUUGAGAGCCCCCUACUGGGAUCCCUGUCCACAACCCAGGCAUGUGCCCUGACUAGGGAUUGAACCAGUGAUCCUUUGGUUCACAGGCUGGUGCCCAAUCCACUGGGCCACACCAGCCAGGGCUCUCUUGAACUCUUUUAAAAGCACUAAGGAUAGUUAGCGUUUAUCAAGCACUUACUAUGUGGCAGACUCUGUUCUGAGCUUUUUAUAUUGUAAAAUAUACAUAAAAUUUAACAUUUUCACCAUUUUUAGGUGUAUAAUUCAGUGGCACUAAGUACCUUCACAUUGUUGUACAACCACCACUACUGUCCAUCUUUGGAAUGUUUUUAUCUUCCCCAACUGAAACUCUGUAGCUAUUAAACAGCUCUCCAUUUACUCCUUCUCCGAGCCCCCGUAACCAUCAUUCUACUUUGUGUCUAUGAAUUUGACUAUUCUAGGUACCACAUAUAAGUAAAAUUACAGAAUAUAUUUUUAUGCCUCACUUAUUUCCCUUGGCAUACUGUUUCCAAGGCACACCCAUGCUGUAGCAUAUGUCAGAAUUUCUUUUUUAAAGCUAAAUAAUAUUUUAUUGGGGGUGUGUGUGUGUGUGUGUGUCGGGGGGUGUG